AGCAGGAGUCGGGUGCCUGGGGAGGUGCUCGGCUGGUGUAGAGGACGGUGGCUCCUGGGUGUCGUGAAAGCAGGGAAGUGUUUUGAAGAAACUUCCUGUUGGAAUGCCUCACGUCAAUGCAGCUGCACUUCUGCAGAUUUGUGUGCUGCUGUCUGCACUUCCUGCACAGUAUUUCAUAUCCCAAUGGUAUGGAACAGACUCUGCUCAGCGCAUCCAAAUAACAGAAAGGUUGAUAAUUGUCUGGUGGAGCAGCUUUACAAAAUCUUAUUUGAGCCUGGAUGUAUGGGCAGACUACUUAAAGCUCUGGUUAUCAAAGACAAGGAAUUGGUACUAUGGAGAAAAGAAAAUCAAAAGUGGAGAAAAUGAAGAAACAACCUAUUCUUAUUUUGCAGAAUCAACUUACGUUCGCAGUCCAAAGCCUGAAUAUAUUCAGUUCAGUGUGGGACAGGUAAUAGUUCACAAAAGACUUGGCUAUUCAGGAGUCAUUGUUGGAUGGGAUGUAAAAGCUAAAGCUCCAGAAGAAUGGCUACGACACAGAUAUCCUCCAGCAAAACAGGAUCUGAAAGAUACUCCUCACUAUCGAAUUCUAAUUAACAAAGCAAAUGGAUUUAGCAAAUCUACAGCUUACAUUCCUGAGGAGGAGAUAACAAUUAUUAUGGGAUUAGAGGUCCAUCACCCUGAUAUGAAAGGCUAUUUCAGUGGCUAUGAUGGAUCAAAAUACAUUAUGCAGCCAUGGUUGAAAAAAAUUUAUCCUCAUGACUGAAGUAUGUUUUAUGUGAGGUACCUCUGCACAACACACUUCCUUUUUAAACUGGAACAAGUGGACACC